AUUAAUAAUAACUGAGCGAUUUUUAACGGAGAUAGUUGCGUGUUUUUGGAUGUUCGACCAAGGUAGUAGCUAGUGGGGUGGGUUUCUUGCCGUUGGAGGUGAAGGUGUGGUGGGCGGAGGUUUGGCCAGCAAUGAGAGCUAUCCAUGAAGGUGGGGAAAGGCCGAAAGGGUUUAAGGGAGGAAGAAGAUGAAGAGGAAAGGGAAAAAAAGGGACAAGAAAAAAAAUAAAAAAAUAUAUUGUGAUAUUGGGUAGUAUUACCCAUACUGGUAGUGGGUAGUACUUACUCUAUAAAGGCGAGGCUAUAAAAGCAAGUUAGAGUUGUAAUACUCAUGCACUCUCUCUCUCUCUCUCUCACCCUCACUCCAUUCUCGCUCUCAAUCACAAUCACAAUCACAAUCACACUCCCAGUACAAAAUUUUGGAAUUGAUAUCAAUCAUGUUCCAUCUAGAUUCAUUUCCUAUUAUAGAUAUUAGUCCUUUGGUUGCAAAAGCAGAUGAUGCAAACAUGGCUCAAGAUGCUGGUGUUUGCGAAGUUGUAAAACAGCUGGAUAAAGCUUGUAGAGAGCAUGGGCUUUUCUAUGUGAGAGGUCAUGGCAUCUCAGACUCUCAUUUAAAGGAAGUAAGAGAUGUCGUACGCGAGUUCUUCAAUCUGCCUCUUGAAGACAAAAUGAAAAUCAAAAUGACUGCAGCAACUGGAUACAGAGGAUAUGAAGAACUUGAUAAAAUUCACACUAAUGGUCUUCCUGAUGUGCAGGAGGCUAUUGAUUAUUACAAAGAAUUUGCAGAUGGAACGUAUGGAGAUAAGGGAAAACCAAUGGAAGGACCUAACUUGUGGCCAUCUAAUCCUCCUAACUUUAAAAAUGUGUUGAAGCAAUAUAUUGACGUUUCCACAGGCAUGAAUUCUACCCUUACUUAUCCCAUAUAA